CAUUUAGAUUUCUCAUAUUGGGAAGCUGAAAGAUUUUCUUCUACAACACAGGAAGGAUUACAUUAAUGCUUACAGCCAUAUUAUGUCUGAGUAUGUGAGGAUGACAGAUAAAGAGCGUGACCAGAUAGAUCAAGAUGCUCAGAUAUUUAUGAGGACAUGUGCCGACGCCAUCUAUCAGCUGAGAACAGAAGCACACAAGGGUGUCCAGUCUGCUCAGGUAAAGGAGCACAGAACAGCUGUCUUGGACUUCAUUGAAGAUUACUUAAAAAGAGUGUGUAAGCUGUAUUCUGAACAAAGAGCCAUCCGAGUUAAGCGAGUGAUAGAUAAGAAGAGACUGUCCAGACUUGAACCGGAGCAGAGCAAUGUGUCCAAAUCGCCUCUUUCCCCCGAAAAAUCUUCUCAGAAUCCUUUAGAUGAUUCUGAAGAAAAACUAUCUGCUGAGGAAAACAAAGACAGAAGUCUACCUGAUGCUCAAAGUAACCUUGGAUUAUGGGCGGACAGCAAAGGUGAAGAUGAGCUGUCACCUGAAGAAAUACAAAUGUUUGAACAGGAGAACCAGAGACUUGUUGGUGAAAUGAAUAACCUCUUUGAUGAAGUCAGACAAAUUGAAGGAAAAGUGGUGGAAAUCUCCAGAUUACAAGAGAUAUUUACUGAAAAAGUCUUGCAACAGGAAACUGAUAUUGACAAUAUCCAUCAAUUAGUUGUGGGUGCAACAGAAAAUAUCAAAGAAGGCAAUGAGGACAUAAGAGAGGCCAUCAAAAACAACGCUGGAUUUAGAGUAUGGAUCCUAUUCUUCCUUGUAAUGUGUUCAUUUUCCUUGCUUUUCCUGGACUGGUAUGAUAAUUAAUUAAAAAUAUAAUACUGUCUACAUGCUUUAUUUGUAAAACUUUUGAUAUUUUUUUCAGUGAAGUGGGGUACACAGCCUACCUGUGUGUUUUAUGCAUUUUUUCAUGCCACUAUGAUGGAAAUAUUUUCCAAUAAAUAAGCAUGUGUCUAUAUCUCUUAGUGCAGAGGGACCUAAUAACAUUCUUUUUAAAUCCCUUUAUCAAACAUAAACCCACAUUUAAUCCUGCGAAGAACACAGAAACCUUUGAAAGAGCUGGUAAGAAAGCUGCAAGCUAGAGCAUAGCUAACAGAAGAAAAAAGAAGAUAAUGGUUUUAUCACAGUCACCCACACAUCUGUGAUGUUUGAAGUCCACCUCCCAGUGUGCAGACCAGAUGAAAACUGUUACUGUGCAAAAGCAUCUACACUGUCUCAGGCUUUUAUUUAAUCAUACCACUUCAGUACAUAGUGAUCAUUUUGCACAUGUAUGACCCUCUACUUCUAAUCCUUUGAAACUACUUGAGUCAAAGAUCAGGUUGAUUUAAUAGUAAUAAUAAUGGUAAGAAUUCAGCUCAAGAGCUUUACUUUUAUGUGAAAAGAGAGAAUACAACACAGAUUGUGCAGUCAAAAAGAUGUUCUGAGAUGUCCAAACAAUGCCAAAGGAUAUACAGUAUGGAAGCCAAACUCUUCAAAAUACUAAAAUUGGGAGCAAUUUAACUAAAACAAAAAAACCUCCUUCCUGUUAAAUCGGAGGAAAAAGUGGUUUUGAGUUAAGAAGCAUGAGCAAUCUGUUUCUCCUAGACUGUAAAGCUUAGUAUUUUUUGAUGAUUAUUGUUAUGAGAGAGAGAAGUUGUUUCUCACCAGUAUUUACUUUUGCAUUAAAUUUUUUAUUGUUCUAAAUUUAAGGGGAGAUGUGAUUUCUAUGUAGGACAGUCUUGGGGACAGAUCUUUCCCUCUUGUGAAAUCUGAAUGUCCUCUGUAAAUAUGCUGAUAUGAAAUGUUUUGCUGUCUCUUCUGAAAGGUACAUUUCUAUACAUUAUAUGCAACAACCAACAUCAUCCUUGUUCUUUGCUCUGCACAGAAUGAAAAUGUCAGAAGUUACACAUGAAUUAAUUGCCUCCAAUACAGCAUAUGUCUGUUAGAAAAUGCAAACAUGGUAUGUUUUGAGUAUCUUAACAUAAGCUUGAAAUUUUUAAAUGCAGAGAAAAAUUUGGCACAAAACUUAUUGCUUUUUGUGCAUACCACAUACCAUAAUGACUUAAUAAAAAGCCUUCUACAGAUAGAUGGUGUAAUGCACACUUCAUAUCAAACCUAGAGAAUUAAGUACUAAUGGUUAUUUUUACUGUAUUGGUAAGAAAGGUUGUUGAUAAAGUAAUUCUACUGAAGAAAAAUAAAAGUAGAGCUUGACCAUGUUUGUCCUACUACAGAUCUUGAGAAAUAGCCCAAUCUCAUGUUUUCCCUUCAUUUUUGUAUAGU